AAAGAGAGGGGAAGAAGAAGAAACUUGGAUAAAUUAAUCCGAAUUAGGGUUUCUCACUAAGAUUUGGAUUCUUGAAUUUGCAGUAAUAUUCAUCCGUUUCGGUCUCUCCUUGUCAAAAUCACCCGUGUUGGUACCUCCAAGCGAUCUCGCGUUCGAGAGAUUGUGCUCGUUGUUGAGCUUGAAUUGGGAAAGAUCGUUUUUUGUUGGGAUAAUAUUUUUAAUUUUGGAAUUAGGAAGAAUUGUAUGCGGGGACGAUGUUAACGAAUUCAGCAUUGGAGAGUGUCUGAUCGCCUGAUAAUCGGCGAGCUGUUUCGAUGAUCUAAGGUGUUUUAGAAUUUGUAUGGAAACUCGUAGCCGGAAGCGGGCGGAGGCGAACUCUUCAGCGCCCUCUUCUUCAUCUGGUGCCACAACCCGCGCAGCCAAGCGAGUCCGUAUUCCCGUCUCCUCUACACCCACACCCAACACAGCUUCCAAUUUAGCCUCGAUCUCCACUCGUUCCCGCAUAGCUACUCGCUCUCAAGACUCAUUAGCAUCUUUUGCACCCAUGGACUCCACCAAUGAAUCUUCUGGUUCUGCAUCUCGCAGCCGUCGUUCUAAGAACCCUAGUCACGGGCCUGAUAAUUCCGAUAAAGGGAAGGAGAAAGAACAUGACCUUAGAGCAAGGGAUAGGGAAAGAGAAGCUGACAGAGGCAUCAGGUUGAAUAUUGAUUCAGGUGGCGGAGAUGAGGAUGACAACGACAGUGAGGGUGGGGCUGGUCUGUUGCACCCGACUUUUACUUCUGCCAGCAGUGCUCUUCAGGGUUUGCUUAGGAAAUUGGGCGCUGGAUUGGAUGAUCUCAUCCCCAGCUCAGCAAUGGGAUCAACCUCAUCAUCACAUCAAAGCAGUCGCCUAAAGAAGAUCUUGUCAGGGCUGAGAGCAGAUGGCGAGGAAGGAAAGCAAGUUGAGGCUUUGACACAACUCUGUGAUAUGCUUUCAAUUGGAACGGAGGAUUCGCUCAGCACCUUUUCUGUGGAUUCUUUUGUUCCUGUGCUGGUUGGGUUGCUUAAUCACGAGAGCAACCCAGAUAUCAUGCUACUAGCAGCCCGUGCAUUGACCCAUCUAGUGGAUGUUUUGCCAUCCUCAUGUGCUGCUGUUGUGCAUUAUGGUGCAGUUUCUUACUUUGUUGCUCGCCUUCUAACUAUUGAAUACAUGGAUUUGGCUGAACAGUCAUUACAAGCUCUAAAGAAGAUAUCUCAGGAACACCCCACUGCUUGCCUUAGGGCUGGUGCACUUAUGGCUGUACUUUCAUACCUUGACUUCUUUUCCACCGGAGUUCAGAGAGUAGCCCUGUUUACUGCUGCAAAUAUGUGUAAAAAACUCCCAUCAGAUGCAUCUGACUUUGUGAUGGAAGCUGUACCAUUGUUGACUAACCUCCUUCAAUAUCACGACGCGAAGGUUCUAGAACAUGCUUGCAUCUGCCUGACUCGGAUUGCCGAGGCAUUUGCAACCUCUCCAGAUAAGUUGGAUGAGCUAUGUAACCAUGGACUUGUUAGGGAAGCAGCAUCUUUGGUUUCCUCUAGCAGCUCUAGUUCUGGUCAGACUUCACUCAGCACCUCAACAUAUACUGGAUUGGUUCGUCUUCUCUCAACAUGUGCUAGUGGUUCUGUUAUAGGGACAAAAACUAUGCUGCACCUUGGUAUCAGUAGUAUUCUUAAAGAAAUUCUUUCAGGAUCUAGCCUUGUUAGUACACUAUCAGUAUCACCUGCUUUGAGUAGACCAGCUGACCAGGUUUUUGAGAUUGUUAACCUCGCUAAUGAGUUACUCCCUCCAUUACCUCAUGGAACAAUAUCUCUUCCCGUCAGCAGUAAUCUAUUAAUUAAAGGCUCUUCAACAAAGAAGUUAUCUGCUGGUAGUUGUAGCAAGCAGGAGGAUGUAAAAGAUAGUUUGCUCGAGGUUUCACAAGAGAUAUCAACCCGUGAAAAAUUUCUAAACGAGCAGCCUGAGCUUUUAUGUCAAUUUGGAAUAGAUCUUCUUCCAGUUUUAAUUCAGAUAUAUGGAUCCAGUGUGAAUGGCCCUGUACGCCACAAGUGUCUCUCUGUCAUUGGAAAACUCAUGUACUUCAGCACUGCUGACAUGAUCCAGUCCUUGAAUAGUGCCACUAACAUAUCUAGUUUUUUGGCUGGAGUUUUAGCCUGGAAAGAUCCUCAGGUACUGAUUCCUGCCCUUCAAAUUGCAGAAAUUUUAAUGGAAAAGGUCCCCGGUUUAUUUUCCAAGAUAUUUGUGAGAGAAGGAGUUAUUCAUGCUGUAAAUGCGCUUAUAAUGGACGAGGCUCGUGUUACACAUCCUUCACAACCACCAUCAUGUGAGAAGGACAAUGAUAGUAUAGCAGGAUCAUCACGUUCUAGGCGCUACCGACGGCGGAGUGGUAAUUCAAAUGUGGAUCUGUCCACUGAAGCAAAAAGUAGUGCUCCAAACUCUGUCUCAGCUCCUAAUUCAGUUGAAGUCCCUAAUGUCAAUUCCACUAUCCGCACAACAGUCAGUGGUUGCGCAAAACAUUUCAAAGAGAAAUACUUCCCUUCUGAUUCUGACUCGAGUGAAGCUGGUGUAACAGAUGAUCUUUUGCGCCUGAAAAAUCUUUGCAACAAGUUGAUUGCUAGUGUGGAGGGACAGAUGACUGAAACGAAAGGGAAAUCCAAAGCUUCUGCUCAUGGGCUUAGUGAAAUUUCUCUCUGUAAAGAAGAUAACCUUACCAGCCUUAUUGCUGAGAUGUUGGCAGAGCUGAGCAAAGGAGAUGGUGUUUCCACUUUUGAGUUUAUUGGUAGUGGUGUUGUGACUUCGUUGCUGAACUAUUUUACAUGUGGGUAUUUUUGCAAGGAAAGAAUUUCAAACGCUAAUCUUUCUAGGCUUCGACUUCAAGCAAUCAGAAGGUACAGGUCUUUCAUUGAUGUUGCCCUACCUCCUGGUGUUGAAGGUAGCUCUGUUCCCAUGGUUAUUCUGGUUCAAAAGCUUCAAAAUGCUCUAUCUUCCUUGGAACGCUUCCCUGUUGUCUUGAGCCAAACUUCAAAUAGAACAUUGAGUGGAAGUGCACGGCUAUCUUCUGGCAUUGGUGCUUUAGCUCAACCAUUCAAGUUGCGCCUCUGCAGGGCACAUGGUGAAAAAACUCUUCGUGAUUAUUCUUCAAAUAUUGUUUUAAUUGAUCCACUAGCAAGUUUAGCAGCUGUUGAAGACUUCCUUUGGCCUCGAAUCCAAAAAUUGGAGUCUGGUCAGAAGGCAUCUGCAUCAUCCGGAAAUUCAGAGGCAUGUUCCAUACCUGGAAGUGGCCUUUUAUCAUCAUCUUCUACCACUCCUGUUGCUCGACAUUCUACCAGAUCAAGGUCUGUUGCUAAUAUGAAUGAUGUCCUUAAAGAGUCAUCACCAGAAAAAAACACAAGUUCUUCAAAAGGAAAGGGCAAAGCUGUUCUUAAGUCAGCCCAAGAAGAGCCAAGAGGUCCACAAACAAGAAAUGCUGCUCGUAGACGGUCUUCAUUGGAUAAGGACGCACAAGCCCAUCCUGCAACUGGGGAUUCCAAUUCUGAGGAAGAUGAGCUGGGUUCUCCUGUUGACUUUGUUGAUGAUUUGGUGAUUGAAGAAGAUGAUGUAUCCGAAGAUGAAGAUGAAGAACUUGAUGAUGUUCUUAGGGAUGAUCGACUUCCUGUUUGCUUGCCAUAUAAGGUGCAUGAUGUUAAAUUGGGGGACUCUUCAGAGGAGAGUCCAGUUGUCCUCAAACCAAGUGAUAGCCAGGCAAAUGCUUCUGGUGGUUCUGGCAGCAAAGACGGUUCCAUUCGGAGAUCUGAUUCUCUUGAGAUUAGGGGUGGGAGCUCUUAUAGCUCCAGAGGUGCAAUGUCAUUUGCUGCUGCAGCAAUGGCAGGCCUCGGGUCUAGUAGCGGUAGAGGUGUUGGAGGAAAGGAUAGUCAAGGACGCCCCUUAAUUACUUCCAAUGAUCCAGGAAAAUUAAUAUUUACUGCCAGUGGGAAACAACUAAAUCGGCACUUGACGAUCUACCAGGCAAUUCAACGUCAGCUUGUUCUGGAUGAGGAUGAUGAAGAAAGAUAUGGUGGCAAUGAUUUUAUAUCAAGUGACGGAAGCCGACUCUGGUCUGAUAUAUACACUAUCACUUACCAAAAGGCGGAUAGCCAAGCCGAGGGUGGUACUAGUGCUGGGGCUUCAACUUCGAGCAAGUCUAGAAAAGCCAGUACAACAUCGGGUGAUGUUUCCUCUUUUCAAGUGUCAUUAUUAGAUAGUAUCUUGCAGGGAGAGCUACCCUGUGAUCUGGAAAAAAGCAACCCUACAUAUAAUAUUUUAGCACUGCUACGUAUAGUUGAGAGUUUGAAUCAACUUGCACCACGGUUACGUGUUCAGUCAAUGAUUGAUGAUUUCUCCGAAGGAAAAAUUUCCAGUCUAGAUGAACUUGGUGCAAAUUUUGUCAGAAUUCCACUGGAGGAAUUUGUCAACAAUAAGCUCACUCCGAAGUUGGGUAGACAGAUUCAGGAUGCACUUGCACUAUGCAGUGGCUCUCUUCCAUCGUGGUGUUAUCAGUUGACCAAGUCUUGUCCUUUUCUGUUCCCCUUUGACAUAAGGCGCCAGUACUUCUAUUCAACUGCUUUUGGCUUGUCUCGAGCACUGUACCGGCUUCAGCAACAAGGUGCUGAUUGGUUGACGAAUGAAAGAGACACAAGGUUUGGAAGAUUACAGCGCCAGAAAGUCCGUGUGUCACGCAAUCGCAUACUGGAUUCGGCUGCAAAAGUAAUGGACAUGUACUCUAGCCAAAAAGCUGUUCUUGAAGUUGAAUAUUUUGGUGAAGUUGGUACUGGAUUGGGUCCUACUCUAGAGUUCUACACACUCUUGAGUCAUGAUUUACAGAAAGCUGGUUUAGGGAUGUGGAGGGCAAGUCUGUUGCCCCAUAAACAUGAAGAUGUAGAGGGAAGAAAUGAUGAUUCUUUAGUAGGUAGUGAACGGGAUCAAAUCAUAGCCCCUCUUGGGUUAUUCCCAUGCCCCUGGCCACCAAAUGCUGAGGCUUCUGAGGGCCAGCCAGUUUUCAAGGUAAUUGAAUAUUUCCGGCUUCUAGGUCGUGUGAUGGCUAAGGCUCUUCAGGAUGGACGGCUUUUAGACCUUCCAUUAUCAACUGCCUUCUAUAAGCUCGUGCUUGGACAAAAGCUUGAUCUGUAUGAUAUUUUAUCUUUUGAUGCCGAACUUGGAAAGACGUUGCAAGAGUUGCAAGCUCUUGUUUUACGGAAACAGCAUUUGGAAUCAAUGGGGCACAAUACCCAAGAUAAAAUUACUGAUUUAUACUUUCACGGGAGUUCAGUUGAAGAUCUUUGCUUAGAUUUUACAGUUCCAGGUUACCCCGAAUAUGUUCUGAAACCUGGGGGAGUGAAUGUUGAUCUUAGCAAUUUGGAGGAGUAUGUUUCUUUGGUUGUUGAUGCCACUAUAAAUACUGGAAUCAUGCGACAAAUCGAAGCAUUUAGAUCUGGUUUUAACCAGGUUUUUGACAUUUCAACCCUACAAAUUUUUUCCCCAACCGAGUUGGAUUACUUGCUUUGUGGCCGUAGAGAGCUGUGGGAGGCUGAAACUUUGGUGGAUCACAUCAAGUUUGAUCAUGGUUACAAUGCCAGAAGUCCUGCCAUCAUAAAUCUGUUGGAGAUCAUGGGAGGCUUUACUCCUGAACAACAAAGGGCCUUUCUACAAUUUGUUACUGGCGCUCCUAGGCUUCCCCCUGGUGGUCUUGCAGUGCUGAAUCCUAAGUUAACAAUCGUUAGAAAGCAUUCGUCAUCUGGAAAUGCGACACUUGGUGGUAACGGGGCCUCUGAAUCUGCUGACGACGACCUGCCUAGUGUCAUGACUUGUGCCAAUUACUUGAAACUACCUGCAUAUUCCACCAAGGAAAUCAUGUACAAGAAAUUGCUGUAUGCGAUCAAUGAAGGUCAAGGAUCGUUUGAUUUGUCAUAGGGGUUGGACAUGUGCACAAAUCUGGCCUGGGUUUUUUUAGACAAUCGAGCCCUUGUGAAUCGCCUGCUCAAUAAAUAGUUUGUUGGACAGCAGAGAGCGAGUGAAAAUGCAAUGGUUGGAGGGCAGAAAAGUUGUUUGCGAGAGGGCUCUGUACAUACUUAGAAUCGUAUAAUAUUUAUAUUCUUUUAUAUUUUGAGAUCUUAGGAGUACAAGUGUAUGAGGAUGUUAAUGUUGUUUUCUUUACAAAUUUGUUUUGUCAUCUAUGAACCAAUAAGAGAGAAUGUGGUGUCUGUCUGCUGCAGUUGAAAUCAUAAAACGGAAUGUUUGCUGCAGUUUGAUAAUGUCUAUCGUUUGGAAUACCAAUGAAGAAGUAACUUUACCGUACAAAUGGAGCAAUAGCAACUUACCCUUGCAUUUUACUUUAUGGCUGUUUUAGUUUAAUUGUUUUUGCUUGUCCUAUUUAGGUAAUUUACCUAAAUAGGACUAAAACAUAAUGAUUUUUCCAAUAUAGGACUAUAUGUUUU